AUGUCUUCACCACUCAACAAAGGCGGAGGGUUCUACUAUGACAUUAAAGGUCAUAUCCAACCCCGUCGCUGCUUUGACCACGCCGGCCGUCUCUUGCCGGGAAACACCAAGAACACAUCAUAUUCUUCCAUCCAAUUGCCGUUCCGACUGAAAGCCUGGAACCCAAGGGCACAGCGUUGGGCGUCACUAGGCGGGAAUGCACGACACCGUCGGAGACGUGCCGCCCGGCAGCAAGCAUCUCGGUCAAGCCCUCUCUUUACUUCGUCCAUGAAACCAGAGUUUCUUCUCGCACAAUACGGGCGCAAGGAGCCUUCUCUGCGCUUGAAGUUGCUUCGAGAAAAGGCCAAAGAGGCAUAUGUCCAUCUCCUCAUCCUCGAAUGGGCCUGGUUAGCACAUCAACUAGACAAGAUGAGGAGGGCUGGUACGGCAGCAGAGCAUUCCGAUCCCGGUUCCGAUUCCGGUUCCGGUUCCGGUAGUAUUUGUCGCACAACACCAGCACCCGGACGCGACCUGACGAGAAAUAAACGAGGUGACCUGGAAACGCGCAGGUCGGAUGUGAUGGAUCGGUUGGACGAAUGCGACGCCCGACCAUAUAACUCAGAAGAGCAAUCUGAACCGCCGAAGGACGAGGACGAUCGACCUGCAAUCCCGCGGCGCAGAGGGCGCGAGACCGACAAGAGAGGAUACGGAGAUCAUCGAGAGCAAGACAACCACCACCAUCAGCACCAGCACCAGCACCAGCACGAGCACUACCGGGUUGGCUCUCAAUCGCACGCGCUCGUUUCGAUGCUCUUGACGAACCUGAUCAUCAACGUCAUCAUCAUCGUCAUCAUCAUCCGAUGA